AACAAAGUGUCCCCUCCCACCCCUCUCACGCCGCCGCCGCCGCAACCCUGAAAACCUAACCAAACCCCCCAGCGCCACACCAUGGCGUCCGCCUACGACCGGGAGGACGGCCUCGCGCCGCCGCAGCCGCACGGCGGCGGCCCCGCCGACGCCUACGAUCCCAACUACGUCCCGGACUCGGUGAAGACCUUCGUGGUGCACCUGUACCGCCACAUCCGCGACAAGAACGUCUACGAGAUCCACCAGAUGUACGAGGGCGGCUUCCAGCGUCUCUCCGACCGCCUCUUCCGCGACACGCCCUGGCCGUCGGCGGAGGCCGUGGCGCCCUACUGCGACGGCGACCACGUCUUCCUCCUCCUCUACCGCGAGCUAUGGUACCGCCACGCCUACGCGCGCCUCUCCCCCCUCACCGCCAGCCACCGCUCCGAGUCCUGGAACAACUACUGCGACCUCUUCAGCGUCGUCCUCCACGGCGUCGUCAACAUGCAGCUGCCUAACCAGUGGCUGUGGGACAUGGUGGACGAGUUCGUCUACCAGUUCCAGAGCUUCUGCCAGUACCGCGCCAAGCUCAAGAACAAGACGGAAGACGAGCUCCAGCAGCUAAAGCAGUUUGACAAGGCAUGGAAUGUCUAUGGGGUUCUCAAUUACCUGCAAGCACUCGUCGAGAAGUCCAUGAUCGCACAGAUUCUGGAGAGGGAGAAAGAGGGGCUGGAGUCGUUUACUGCCACCGACGGGUAUGACUACCAGGGUGGGAGCAAUGUGCUCAAGGUCCUGGGUUACUACAGCAUGAUUGGGCUUCUCAGGAUACACUGCCUUCUUGGCGAUUACCACACUGGCCUGAAGUGCUUGGCACCGAUUAACCUUAACCAGCAGGGGGUCUACACCAUUGUCAUUGGGAGUCACAUCUCGACGAUCUAUCAUUAUGGAUUUGCAAACCUUAUGAUGCGCAGGUAUGUUGAUGCUACCAAGGAAUUCAACAAAAUUCUGCUUUAUAUUAUAAAGUAUAAGCAGUACCAUCAGAAAUCCCCUCAGUACGACCAGAUUCUGAAGAAAAAUGAGCAGAUGUAUGCGCUGCUGGCAAUUUGCCUAUCUCUGUGUCCGCAAAACAAACUCAUAGAUGAAAAUGUUAGCACCCAGCUGAAAGAAAAGUACAAUGACAAAAUGACAAAGAUGCAGAGGUUUGAUGAUGAAGCAUAUGCUGCCUAUGAUGAGCUAUUUUCGUACGCCUGCCCCAAGUUUAUUACUCCAUCACCUCCAGUUCUGGACCAGCCACUUACAAAUUAUAACCAGGACGCCUAUCGGCUUCAGUUGAAGCUGUUCCUUUAUGAAGUGAAGCAGCAACAGCUCCUUUCUGGUAUCCGGAGCUAUCUAAAGUUAUACUCAGCAAUUACCAUUACCAAACUUGCCCAGUAUAUGGAAAUGGAUGAGGCAACACUUAGGUCUAUUCUUAUGACGUACAAGCACAAAAUGCAUGCAGUUGACAGUAAUGGGAAAAUUGUAUCCAGUGCAGACUUUGAUUUCUAUAUUAAUGAGGAUGUUAUUCAUGUCGUGGAGUCCAAGUCGACCAAGCGCCAUGGGGACUACUUUUUAAGACAGAUUUUAAAGUUUGAAGAAACCAUUGCUGAAUUGGACAAGGUACAGCUUGACUGAGCAUGGUAAAGAUCAUCGAGGAGAGAAACAUCCCAGAUCAUGUUUUCAUUUUCCUUUUUCCUUUUACGGGAGACACUUGUGGCGACUAAUGUUAGCAGAGCAUUAUUUGUGCCUUCUAGUACACAGUUUGACUCGGUGAAGCAUUGGCAAUUCACUGUAUUAUCCUGUUUUUUUAGUUCCUGUUUGCUAUUUGAUGAGUAAUCCGUCAGUUACUAGUUGAGAACUUGAGAUACCUUCCGUGUUUAUCCAAUUGGGUGGGCACAUGUUUUGGCUCACAAGUAUUAAA